AGUUGUUCACGGGCUUCUCCAGCGUGCAGACGUACGCGAGUGCCGAGUGUUUGGCGUGUUUCCUGUCGCCUACGGAGUCGCGUUUUCGCUAACGAACGCCCUACCGUAGCUUCCAUAUUCAAUGUGUAUGGCGAUUCAGUUUCCUGGUGAGUGCAUCCUCACAUACAUGGAGUUUCAGUUGGAUAGCGCAGAAUACUGCCAGGCUCAACACAAAUAGAGAGACACGCCCAUACUCCUUGACAAUUAUUAGACAUCGUUAAGGUAAAGAGAGGAAGGCUAGAAACACCUUGGAGAGAAAGGAAGAAAGAUAUUAAAGUAGUAGAGAAUUAUCACCGGGGAAGCCAGAAAAAUCAUCAACUAGUCAUCACGCAAGACAUAGAAGAAUUUAAUAGAAAUUAUUAAUUUACCUUAGUAGAUGCAAGCAUCGUAGAUACUGAGCGCACCUGUCACAGGAGCACCCAGUGCCAAAUAGGUAAUCUUCCGUGAAUUAUAGUCAAAAAAUUUCAAGUGGGAAGAAUAAAGCGCAUAUCAACACCGCCUAAUGUAACGUAGCCCUUACUUUUUCGGCGAAGUUCGCAUCCCGACGAUCCUUUCUAAAUUCUACAUGUAAACCCACAGUUCUGUCCUCUGUAAAAAAAUAAUAUAUUCUAUUAGUUAAAUGAAAAACAACUUUAUAAGACUGACAUUUAAUGGGCUAAGUUGUCAAAUCCAGCCUUUGUCGCUUCGUAUAGUGUGGCACACGUACGAGAUCUUUAAGAGUUAAAAACAAUAAGAGAGGAUAGAUUUAUAACCAUCUUUGUGGUUAAGAAGGAAAUGAGCAACAUGAGGGUGAAGGAUAUCAGACCGGCGCCCGCCGAGAUUGAAUACAAAAACAUGAAGUUCCUCAUUACUGAUCGGCCCAAUGAUCAAACCAUCCAUACCUUUAUUCAAGAACUGAAAAAGCACAAUGUAAAGGAGGUGGUAAGAGUCUGCGAACCAACGUACAAAGUAGAGGAACUGAAAUCAGAAGGGAUCAAUGUGAUAGAUUUGGUAUUCGACGAUGGUACAUUUCCACCAAACGAGGUGGUAGAUGAAUGGUUCGAGUUGCUAAAAAACCGAUUCCGAGAAUCACCUGACGCAUGUGUGGCGGUGCAUUGUGUCGCGGGUCUUGGUAGAGCACCGGUCUUGGUUGCGUUAGCCCUCAUUGAACUUGGGCUCAAGUUCGAAGAUGCUGUUGCCCUAAUCAGAGAAAAAAGACGAGGCGCCAUAAACGCGAAGCAGUUAACUUUUCUUGAAAAGUAUCGUCCUAAAUCUCGAUUGAAGCUCAAGAAUGGACAAAAAAAUUCCUGCUGCAUUCAAUAGAU